AACAAAUCCCGGAAAAUUCUUAAAAAUUGUGAAAAAUCUGACUAAUAUGCAGCUGGAAUUGGUAUUUUCUCGAUAAAAUAAAACUUCAACCACUAAAUUUCUUGGACUUAAUCGAGAAUUCCUGCUCAACCGUGUCAAAGAUUUGCCGGAUGACAUGACUUAACAAUCGAUACUGAACGAAACAAUCAAAUUAUCAUGGAAGCAAAGUCGACGUCGCGUGCCGAAUACUUUAUCCAACAACUGAACGCGAACAAUGCGAAAAAAGUCGCUUUGCUCAUGGUCAUCGGCUUCAUCGUUUUUCACGGGCUCAUUCAUUUGCGCGUUGGCAGCGACUCUUGCAAAUGGCUUCUGAGCGACGGACGUCUCAAACGAGAUCGCGAAUGGCAGCCUUACGGUUGCAUGUUGCAUCAGUACACGGAAACGGAUACACGACGCUGCUUCCGUUACUUGGCAUUCUGGGGCACGAAGAACCAAUUUGUGUUUAUCGGCGAUACUCGAAUUCGGGUGUUGUAUCAAGCAUUUGUUGAUCAUUUACAAUCUACCGGAUAUUCGAAUGCUUCUGUGAAGCAAAUUGAGGCGAAACAUAAUUCCCUGGAGUAUUCCGACCCGAAACUCAAGCUAAAUGUGAGAUAUAUAUUUGCGGAUGAAAUUUCCAAGACCAUGGUUAAUGAAUUCCAAUCUUGGCAAAAGGAGCCUCCAAUAUGCAUAAUUGCUUCUUGCACCCAUUCAAAGUUUAAUAACGGAAAUUUCACCGAUGACAUCGAAAAAGGGUUCAUUGCCAACUUAACACGCCUCAUAAAACCCAUGCAAGAAUUGUCAUCUAAGAAAACUAAGAUAAUUUGGAAGUUACAAGACCCCAUCGACGAAGACAAGGUCGAAAACAAUCCAGCAUGGAAAAAUGUCCUUAACGAAGACAUUGAAAAGUUCAAUCAAGCCGUUUAUGACACGUUAGGGGAUAAAGUUCAUAUCUGGUCCUCAUCUAAACACAUAGCUUACGGAUUAAUGGAUGAAAUGGUAGAUGGAUAUCGUUUAGGACCCUUGGCUCUGAAACAUGACGUUCAGAUCCUCUUGAAUAUGUAUUGUAACGACUACAUGAACUACAACGAUGGCACCUGCUGCAGUAGCGCCGAGCCCUACACAACUUUACAGAUAGUAACCUAUGCUGUUCUCGCGGUUUGUUGCGUCCUGGGCAUUGCUUUGUGGAUUCGUCGUUGGUGGUUGAUACGAAGAGGUCAUACUUUCUAUACGCCUGUGUCACAAAAUGCGAACCCUAUCACACAAACCUUGGAAUUGAACCAGAUGAUUUACGCUUUAGCGACUUUGGCAGCGAUCAUGGGUUAUUUUUACCUUUGCGAUCGAACGAAUUUCUUCAUGAAAGAGAACAAGUAUUACUCGGAGUUUAGUUUUUGGAUCCCGGUUGGAUAUGUAUUCGUAUUGGGUUUGUUUUUCACGGAAGACAGUAAGUUCACGAAAGUUUUGCAUCGUGAUCAAACUGACGAACUAAAAGGAUGGAUGCAGUUGGUGAUAUUAAUUUACUAUAUGACAGGAGCAUCUCGAGUCAUACCGAUCUACAUGCACAUUAAGGUCUUAAUAUCGACCUAUAUAUUUCUAUCAGGUUAUGGGCACUGGACCUAUACCUGGCAAACGGGCAAUUGUGGUGUCGUUCGGUUCUUCCAAGUGAUGUUUCGUUUGAACUUUCUCACGGUUUUGCUCUGUUUCUGCAUGAAUCGACCAUAUCAGUUUUACUUUUUCGUGCCAUUGGUUUCGUUUUGGGUUUGUGUGAUUUAUUUGGUACUUUCGCUGCCUCCGAGGAUCACUUCACAAACUCUCGAUUCGAACGGAUAUCCGUAUUUCAAGAUAGUAGCCAAGUUUGUAUGCACCGUUGGAGUUAUCACAAUCCUUUAUAUGUCGGAGGUCUUUUUUGAAAGAAUUUUCGUGACUCGUCCAUGGAAAGCCCUUUUCGUGACAACUGAUGAUGAUAUCAAGGAAUGGUGGUAUCGUUUCAAACUGGAUCGUUAUACGAUCGUUUAUGGCAUGAUCUUUGCCGUUAUUUUGCAUCUCGCACAAAAAUUCAAUCUCUUUGACGACAACAAUCACACGAAUCUCUUUUCGAGACGAGCUUCACUGACAUCCUGUUUGCUCGCCUUUAUGGGAAUUGGGUUCUAUACGACAUACACUUUUCUUUGUCGCAACAAGCAGGAUUGCGAGGAAAUUCAUCCGUAUGUCUCGUUUAUCCCGAUCGUGAGUUAUAUUGUUUUGAGAAAUCUUUCCGGGAUAUUGAGAACUCGAUAUUCGACGUUUUUCGCGUGGUUCGGACACAUUUCGUUGGAACUCUUUAUUUGCCAAUAUCACAUAUGGCUUGCGGCAGAUCGACAUGGCGUACUUGUUCUCAUGCCCGGAUUUCCAACGUUCAAUCUUAUGAUCACGUCGUUCAUUUUUGUCUGCGUUUCGCACGAGGUGAAUCGCAUUACGCUCAUCCUGUCGCCGUACAUCGUGCCAAAUGAUUGGAAACUUGUGCUCAGGAAUUUCGCGAUUUUCCUUGUGAUAUUGCUGCCCAUCGCACGACACGAUGGCAUGUUCUAACUUAACUCUCGUUCACGCUUAACCAACGUAGGAACAAAAAUCGACGCUUUUUCUCAAAACUUAUUAACUUACAAUAAUCAUUAGAAAAAAAAAUAAUUACUUCUAAAAAAAAGUCAAUCAUCGUGAUAAAUAUCGAAAAAUUAUUCUAGACUUAAUCAAGACGUAAAACCAAAAAAAAAAUAUCAUAUUUAAUACAAUAUCUAGCUUUACCAAUUACAUUGUUAAAUUUAUAAGAUGAUCAAUUAGUAAUAGUAGUAACUUUGUAUGGACUUAAACUUAGUAAUUUUUAAGCCUAUAGUGAUUAAUAUUUUAUUGGAAAGGAAGGAUUUUUUGUUGUUAAAAUAAAAAUUUGCCUUAAAUUCGCAAAACAAGUGUUGUAAUGUAGUUGUAUUGCUUAGCGAAGGAGACGAUAUCAGCUUG